AUGGAUUUGAGAUGCGCUGAAAAUCUACUUCUGGAUGACUCUAUGAAUAUCAAGAUUGCCGACUUUGGCUUCUCGAACAAUUAUUCCUCCGCCCGGAAGCUGGAUACCUUCUGUGGCAGUCCCCCCUACGCUGCACCCGAACUCUUUCUCGGCCGCAAGUACGACGGUCCCGAGGUGGACGUCUGGUCGCUGGGCGUUAUCCUCUACACCCUCGUCAGUGGCUCCCUCCCCUUCGACGGCAAAAAUCUCAAGGUCAGUGCGUUUGCCUAUCCUGGAGUGGGAGCGGGGAUGGGCGAGGCCUAA